AUGGCCAAGACCCAAAAAAACAAGGCCACCUCGUUCCACUUGGGUCAGUUAAAGGCCAAGCUUGCCAAGCUGAAGCGUGAGCUGUUAGCCGGUCCCAGUGGAAGUGGAGGUGGUGCUGGUGGUGUAGGUUUUGAUGUUGCUAGAACAGGUGUUGCUUCAGUUGGAUAUAUCGGAUUUCCAUCAGUAGGAAAGUCGACCCUGCUGAGUAAAAUUACCGGUACUCAUAGUGAGUCUGCAGCCUACGAGUUCACUACAUUGACAACAGUUCCUGGUGUGAUUCAGUACCGUGGUGCCAAGAUCCAGAUGCUUGAUUUGCCUGGUAUUAUUGAAGGUGCUAAAGAUGGUAAGGGUCGUGGUAAACAGGUCAUCGCCGUCGCCCGUACCUGUAACUUGAUAUUUAUCGUAUUGGACGUUAAUAAACCAUUACAGCAUAAACAGGUGAUUGAACGAGAAUUAGAAGGAUUCGGAAUCAGAAUUAAUAAAGAACCACCAAACAUCGUUUUCCGUAAGAAGGAUAAGGGCGGUAUUAAUAUCACCAACACUGUUCCACUCACAAAACUCGAUUACGACGAAAUUAGAGCUGUCAUGUCGGAAUAUCGCAUUUCCUCAGCUGAUAUCGCUUUCCGAUGUGAUGCUUCUGUAGACGAUCUGAUUGAUAUUCUUGAAGCUCCUAAUAGAAGAUACAUUCCUGUGGUGUAUGUUCUGAACAAGAUCGACUCCAUCUCUAUUGAAGAGCUGGACCUGUUAUUUCGUAUUCCCAAUGCUGUACCUAUUUCAUCUGAAAACGGAUGGAAUCUGGACGAACUGCUCGAAGUUAUGUGGGAUAAAUUGAAUCUCGUCAGAGUAUACACCAAACCUAAAGGCCAACAACCCGAUUAUGAACAGCCUAUUGUAUUGCGUCAAAACAGAUGCAGUGUCGAAGACUUCUGUAACUCCAUCCACAAAUCACUCGUCGACGAGUUCAAGAACGCCGUCGUCUACGGUCGUAGUGUCAAGCACCAGCCUCAGCACGUGGGUCUCAGCCAUGUUCUCAUGGACGAAGACGUUGUCACCAUCCUCAAAAAGUAA